AAAGCAUGUAUGGAUAAAGGAUAUCUAAGGAUACGGAUAUCAGUUUUCAUUUGUAAAUCAGGUGAAUUCAAAAUAUAAUCAAGAGAAGAUGUAUUUUUAAAAUGUAAAGCAUAGCUUGUGUGGCUUCUUAGCUCCACCAUGGACCCUCUAGUAUAAAAUGAGACUAACUCUAAUCUCUCUGCUUCUGAGAAUCGGUAUUCUCAGGUUCUUCAAGUUGCAUCAAGUGUUUCCAAAUCGCUCUCUUUUGAAGAAAGCAGAACCACAACUGUUUCCUCACUGUUUUCUUUUUCUCUGCAGAAAGGCAGUGAGUUUAAGGUCCAGUUGGAUUUCCUGUGGACCAAAGAGGAGACUGCCUGGAUGCUAUUGAUCCCCAGCACUCAGCAGUGCAAACGCCCUUGGGUGUGCUUUACUUCUAGCUAAUAGAAGUGGCCCAGAUGAAAGUAGGGAGGUCUGGCUGGGGGUGGGUGCACCCGAGUGCUCAGCAUCCAGCUGAGAGUGAGAUUCCUGAGGAAAGCCCCCUUCCUGUCACAGCACCCACAGCAUUCUGAAUCUGCUUGCAGCCCAGCGGCCUCGCCGAGGAUGCUCCAUUUAAAAGUGCAGUUUUUGGAUGAUUCCCAGAAGAUUUUUGUGGUUGAUCAAAAAUCAUCCGGAAAGGCACUCUUUAACCUGAGCUGCAGCCAUCUCAAUCUUUCUGAAAAGGAAUAUUUUGGAUUAGAAUUCUGCAGCCAUUCUGGAAAUAAUGUUUGGUUGGAACUUCUGAAGCCUAUAACAAAGCAAGUAAAAAAUCCUAAGGAGGUUGUUUUCAAAUUUAUGGUGAAAUUUUUCCCAGUGGACCCUGGACACCUUCGGGAAGAACUCACAAGGUAUCUUUUCACUCUUCAAAUAAAGAAGGAUUUGGCUCUGGGAAGGCUGCCAUGCAGUGAUAACUGUACAGCAUUAAUGGUGUCACACAUCUUGCAAUCAGAAUUAGGAGACUUUCAUGAAGAAACUGUUAGGAAGCAUCUGGUACAAACCCAGUAUUUACCAAGCCAAGACUGUUUAGAGAGCAAGAUCAUACACUUUCAUCAGCAGCACAUUGGCCGCAGCCCAGCUGAAUCAGACAUUCUGCUACUGGACAUAGCAAGGAAGCUGGAUAUGUAUGGCAUCAGACCUCAGCCCGCCAGUGAUGGUGAAGGGAUGCAGAUUCACCUGGCUGUUGCUCACAUGGGAGUACUGGUGUUACGGGGAAAUACAAAGAUUAAUACUUUCAACUGGGCUAAGAUCCGAAAGUUGAGUUUUAAGAGAAAGCAUUUUCUCAUCAAACUUCAUGCUAAUAUUUUGGUGUUGUGCAAAGACACUUUGGAGUUCACCAUGUCUAGCCGAGAUGCAUGCAAGGCUUUCUGGAAGACUUGUGUGGAGUACCAUGCUUUCUUCAGGCUUUCCGAAGAGCCCAAAUCAAAGCCCAAAACACUACUCUGCAGCAAGGGUUCCAGUUUCCGCUACAGUGGAAGAACUCAAAGGCAACUUUUGGAAUAUGGGAAAAAGGGGAGGUUAAAGAGCCUGCCGUUUGAAAGGAAACAGUAUCCAUCUCAGUAUCAUGAACGGCAGUGCAGGUCAUCACCAGACAUUCUCUCUGAUGUGUCAAAACAAGUGGAAGAUCUGAGGCUUGCAUAUGGCAGUGCUUACUACCGAAAUGUGAAUGGAGUGCACGCAUCUGAGCCUAUGCUAGACAGCAGGAGGAGGAACUCAGCAGUCGAGGUGACAUUUGCAGCAGAGCUGGAGCGUUCCAAACCAGAGGCAGAUCCCACACCGCUCCACCCAUCCCAAAGCAGUUCCUCUUUCACCUUUGUUUAUGCGGAUCCUGUCUUUAGCACGGACCCUGAUCCCAUAGACUUCUUUGAGGAACGGAGCCCUCUAAGCUCCUUCCAAACAAACUCCAAGUUUGUGGACAAUCACAUAAGCACAUCUCCUGGUUUCACAAGCAAAGUGAGUCCAGCAAGGCAGCUAACAUACACCGAUGUGCCCUAUAUUCCUUGUACUAGUCAACAGGUUGAUAUUAUGCCUCCUCAAGUCUUUUUUUAUGUGGACAAGCCACCCCAGGUACCCAGAUGGUCUCCAAUCAUGGCAGAGGAAAGUGUGAGACCAGGCAGCUGUAUAGAUCCCAGUGCAAUAAAACCAGCCAAAAGGAGCCCAAGGAAUACCAGGAUAAAAAGCUUACAGCAAGACCUUCAAGAACUCCAAGAAGCUAUGGCUAGAACUAGUGGUAGGAGCAAUAUCAAUGUAGACCUAGGGGAGGAAGACCCACAUUUAGAUGAUGCAUUUGCAUAUAACCUUCAAGAGCAAACUCCUAAACGAUCUCAGAGCCAAUCGGACAUGAAAACUAUCCGUUUUCCUUUUGGGUCAGAAUUUAGACCUUUAGGACCUUGUCCUGCUUUGACUCGUAAAACAGAUCCGUUUACAUGUACAUUUGCAGAGCAGGAGUUUCCCACAGUUCUAAUGGACCAGAGCUCAGCAGAGAGGUAUGUAGCUAGUGAGUCCAGUGAUUCAGAAUCAGAAAUUCUUAAACCAGACUACUACUCUUUGUAUGGCAAAGGAACAAAGUCACCUAAGGCCCGAAUCCGCUUGUCUUCUGGUAGUCUGCAGCUAGAUGAAGAGGAUGAAGAUAUUUCUUUCACCACACCAGGUGCUGAAGACAGAACUUUGCUAAAGCCAUGCAACUAUUUCUUAGCUUGAAAGAGGGAACUCUGUGAAUGUUCCUGGCCAGUUCCAUGUUACUACCUUAGGUAAGACAUAAGAACCUUUUGAUACACCGUUUCCUUAGUCCUCUUAAUUGAUGCCAAGAGACUCUUCUCAUUUCAGGCACCCAGCUUAAGAAAGAUAAAGUUGCUGCCUCAUUCUAUGAGCUUCACUCUUGUCUUUCCUCCAAACAGACUCUUGAACAUGCCUUCUCCCCAGCACUAUGGCAGUGUGAGGGAAGUGUAUGACACCACCAUUAUACAUUUCUUUGAGCAGAUAUAAUAAAUGAAGAGCCAUUCUUCAAUGCUGAAGAACGAUGAUGUGGUUGGUGUAUGGACUGGCUUCUAAUGCCACUUUGUGAUUUAGCAGUCCAUGAUUAUGUUGGGUGUGUGUGUGUGUGUGUGUGUGUGUGUGUGUGUGUGUGUGUGCAAGUGUGCAAGCGCACGCGCUUAUGUAACACUAAAUUAUGGUUUCUCUCCUCAUGACUUGUUUGGGACCCAGUGAACAGUCUUGUUAUAUACUAAGAAUGUUAAUAUACAUAGGUGGGUGGCAUAGAUCCUCUUAGCAGAACAUGUUUAGAAUUAAUAGAAGAUUUGACAGAAUCUCACUGCUGGAUAUUCAUGGAUUAGGCUCAUUUCUCAAGCCAGAUAAUGUGCCUGAUGAAGACAUUAUGAUGUUGAUUUCUAAUUUCUCUCUUCUUAACUACUUAUUAUAUAUGGUAGGAAUCAAUGUUAACAAGCAAGUUUGUUUAUUAAUUUCUCCUGCCGGAAUUUAUUUUUGCCAUAUCUUGGUUGCAUGCAUGUAGGCAAGGAUCUGAGGUGUUAUUUUAAUAAAGAGUGAUGGAAAAUCCACUCAAACAGAAGUUAUAUGUAUGGCCUUCUUUUUGUUUUAAUAAAGUCUGGAAGUAGGUAGUUCUGGCCUAUAGCUACAGAACAGGACCGUUAGAGAAUGGAAAAAGGACAGGGACAAGAGAGCAUGUAUGGCCAGGGUGAAGUGGGAAUAAGCAAUGGCUGAGACAAAGACAACACUGACAUCAGGCUCUGACAGGGAAUGAAAGUUCUCAUGCUCCUCUUGCCUAAUCCUCCGGUAUGCCGGGACUUACAGGGAUGUGACGCGGUGUGAAGCUCAAUUCGAUUGCUUUUUAAAAAUGUUAUGUGUAUGAGUAUGCAUGCCAUGUGCAUGCCUGCUGCCCAUAGAAGCCAGAAGGUGGGGUGGGAUCCCCUGCAAUGGGAGUGACAGACAGUUGUAAGCUACCAUGUUGGUGCUAGGAACCCAGCCCAGAUCUUCUGCUGAAGUGGCCAGUGUUCUUAAGGACUAAGCAAUUUAUCUAACCCUCAAAAUUCUACUUUUGACCCAUUCAAUAUUUGUCUACCAAUCCUCCUGGAAGACUAUUGAAGAAUUUUGUUGAUAAUCUUAAGUCCAAUGUAUUUUCAGGACAAUGUUAAAUAUAAAUGUCAAAUAAGUGAUGUGAUAGCAUAAACAACUUCAUAUGUAAUUUAAUAAGAGAAAUGGUAGAUGACACAUUUCUUUAUUCUCUACAUCAGAAAAAACAACUUUUACAUGCUUCAUUCCACUCCUUUUUUUCUGUUCCUGGACACAAAUCCACUAAGUCACAGACAUAGAGUAGUUCUUUAAAACUAAGUAUAUACUGAAGCCUGACCACCUAUUCAUCAUUUAUACAGAUCUUUAUUAGUUUUUAUAAAUUACCUGUAAUAUUUUCUCCACAAGAAAUUCAAAAUUGUGUAUGUUAUAUGCUUUUUCUCAUCUCAUCUUCAUUUUUAAAAACUUUGGCUAAAUAUAUAUUUUCCUUAAGAACUAUAUAGUUCAAAUCUGUAUGUGAUAUUUUAUUAAAAUGGUAAUUAGGGAGAUCAUUGAAUUGGUUGUCUGAAGACAUUUUUGUUAAGGUAGGAGACAGAAAUCAGGAUAUAUGUGUUCAGCUAUAAGUAGAGUCAAUUCUUAGUAACUUUUCAUUUCAAUGGAAACCUUGGUUACGUUCUAAUAGGAAAAGGAAGAAUAUUUUUAAACAAUUAGAAUAACUAAUCAGACCCACUCUCAAGAAAACAAACAUCAAGGAUCAUAAAAUUUAAAUAUUUAUUUUUUUAAAUCCCCCAAACACUGAAGUAUGCUUCACCUAGAAACAGUCUACAGGACUAAAGCUAUAAUGAGUAAGCAAUACAAGUUGUAUUUGGGAUGCAGCUAUGGGGUAAGGUUUUACACAAUCAAUUGAUGAACUUGUUGAUUUUAUUCUUACAAAAAUACGAAUGUAAUCCAUGAUUCAAGUCACACAAUUAUUUGUAGAGCAUUGUGGAGAACAAAAUGUAAUUGAGUUUCAAUUACAGAGCAGAUGAAAAAAAUCUAACCAAAUCAUUACUUCAAAAUACAAAGACAAGCAACUGUUCCAGUAUAGGCACCAGUGACAAGAAUGUUCUUAGCACAUGACAUUACAUCUUCUCAAGUGUCUGUAUUUCUUUUUUCAAAGAAGGGAUGUAAUUGCCACUUCAACUAAAAACUGUAUUGUUUACUUGUA